CUGGCCUAGUGGCACAGAUUUCUAAUUACAAAGGAAUCCAAGUGAGGAAGAAAAACAUGGAUUAUUGCCUCCUUAAAUUCACUUUUUCUUCUUUCUCACAUCAGCAUUUCAGAAUGAGUAGUACUAACAGCACUGAUUUUAAAAAAAACAACUAAUCUUACACAUGGACAGUGGAAUCUCGAUGUAAUGGAAAUAGCAAGAAUGAAUGAAUUGUAGUUCUAAUCCUGAACAGAAAGACUUCAUCCCACUCAAAUAUUUUGCACAGGAGUGUUACUCCCAACAUCCUGCCUCACUGGUCAUACUGAUUGGGACUUCUGGGAGUUACUAUUCAGCAAUUUCUAGCAGAUUUUCUCACCAUUGGUUUAAUAUAUAAUUGCCUGAGACACGUAUUUGGUGUCAAGAACAGAGAAAACUAUUAGUGUAUUUAUGUACACCAGGUUAUCAUAUGUAAUCCCAUAAUAGGGGGAUUUAUUUGCAAAUAAAAUACAAAAGACUGUACUUUAAUAGUUCUUCAAAUAUCAGAGUUUUAAAUUACAGUAAGUAUACAUUGUAAAACCAGUGUAUUAAAGCUAUUUUAGAUAACAAAUUUAGCACAUAGGAAGAACGGAAGAAGUGACUAUAUUCACAGCAGCACGUGUGAAAACACAUUUUUGGUUUUCCAUUUGGACAAUGGUGGGACUGUCAAUUGGGACAUUACAGGUAGUCCUAGACUUACAAUGGUUGCUUAGCGACUUCAAAGUUAUGAUGGUCCUCCCCAGGGUAUUCACAACUUGAUUCCGAAGUUCCGGUAAUGGCUGCCAUCCUCACCCCAUGGUCACAUAAUCCAGCAGCCAGUCCACAAUUACGGCCAUUUGCAGUAUCCAGCACUGCUGUUACUGUUUUACAAUGUUUUUACUGAAAACCAGCAUUUACUUCCAGUUUUUAGCAAAACUGGCCCAUUGCAAACCAUAGUUUAAUGACCACAGUGUUUGCUUAAUGACCACAGCUGCCACAUUAUGACUGCCAUAUUUGCAAAGUGACCACCACAAAAAAGAUAGUAAAAUUGGAUCAGUCAAGUGGGGAUCCAUUUUACAACCAUCAUGAGUUAAUGACUACAAUGGGCAGGCUCCAUUUUUGUUGUGAGUUAGGUAAUUACCCAAUACAGGUAAUUUACCUGUAUUAACAUCAAGAUCCAUCAAAUCAGGAUAUUUACAAGAGGUAACUGCUAUUAUUUUCCAGGGACAAACCUUAUUUACUAUAUCACUGGUAUAGCAGUAGAAGUCCUAAAGCCAUACAUGAAAGAGAUAAUGACUGAAAUGAUAACUCUUGAAUGGUAUUGCAUUCCUUUGGAGGGAAGAGUACAUGCAGCCUGUGAGCAGCAAUAGCACUUAGACUUAUAUACCGCUUUACAGUGCUUUUACAGCCCUCUCUAAACUAUUUACAGAGUCAGGAUAUUGCUCCCAACAAUCUGGGUCCUCAUUUUACUGACCUCGGAAGGAUGGAAGGCUGAGUCAACCUUGAGCCUGGUGAGAUUCAAACUGCCAAAUUGCAGGCAGCUGGCAGUCAGCAGAAGUAGCCUGCAGUACUGCACUCCACCGCCACCGCAGAUCCAUACAUUCUGAAGAUUACACUUAGUUCAUUUCCUAAAGUAUAUUCUAGAUUCUAUAUGUUAUACUAGCAACACUGGCAUUCAUUGAUUUGGGAAUUGUUCUAGAAGGGGAUCUGGCCAGCAGCUCUUUAUAGAGAAUUUUGCUUCCAUAUCACUCCUCAUCUUGUAAGAUCUGGAAAUCCUGCAUACAAAUAAGGGGAGAGAAUAAUUUGACCAUGAUUUUUCCUUACAAUAGUAAGCUUGCAUUCUCAGUUUGCUCCAUAUCACGCCGCACUGCUGCAGCCUACCUUUCCAUUCUCACCAUACUUUCUGAAAUUCAGGACUGGUCUGACUGUCCAGUAGCUCCCUGUCUGAGAAUAAAGAUUCUUCUUUUGCAUUGUACUUUCCCUCCCUUUCUCCCUCCCCUUUGGCUACAUAAAUUUCUAGGCAGCACAGUCUCCCACCUUCUCAUCUAGAGCUGCUUCCUACAGUUCAGACAACACAAUGAGUGAUGAAAAAAGGUCUCGGAGCUCUUCUAGGGAGAAGCAUGGGAGAAGCAGAGAGAAGUCAUCUCCAGGGAACAAAAAAGAGAAGAUGGCACACAGACAGAAAACCAGCAAAGAGAGGCAGCAAUCCAAUCAGAAGAAACUGAAAAAGGACACCAAAAGCACCCUUCAAGCAGGCAACCAAAUCCAUACUUCCACAGUGGUUGAUGUGGAUGAUGUGGUGUCAUUUAAUGAAGAAAUGGAGGUGAUGGCAUUGCUUGAAAGCGAGAAGCAGGAGGAAGGCUUAAAGUCUCCAGGUUUAGGCAUUUGUGAGUGGCUUCUUGUCAUCCUCUCACUCCUUCUCAUCAUAAUCACAUUUCCCAUUUCCAUCUGGUUCUGUAUGAAGAUUGUACGAGAAUAUGAGAGAGCUGUUUUAUUCCGAUUUGGUCAUAUUCUUCAUGGAAGGCCAAGAGGGCCUGGCUUGUUUUUUCUCCUUCCCUGUCUGGAUACUUACCACAAAAUAGACAUUCGUCUCAAAACUUUAGAGAUUCCUUUAUGUGAGGUGAUCACCAAUGAUAUGGCUGUUUUAGAAUUAAAUACUAUCUGCUACUAUCGAAUGGAGAAUGUUACUCUGCUGAUGACCACCCUCGCUAAUCGUUCUAAUGCAGUUCAGAUGCUGGUACAGACUAUCACAAAGCGCUUACUGGCACAUUGGACUUUCACUGACAUUCUGAUGGAGAGAAAGAACAUCAGCCAGGAGAUAAAGGUGGCCGUGGAUGCCAUCACCUGUCAGUGGGGGAUCAAAGUGGAGCUGACAGAAAUUAAAGACAUUCGGCUGCCAGUUGAGCUCCAGGUGUCACUAUCUGCACAAGCAGAAGCCCAGCGUCAUGCUAAAGUAAGGGUGAUCGCUGCUGAAGGUGAAAAAGCUGCUUCUGAAUCUCUGAAGAUAGCAGCUGAGACAUUGUCCCAUACUCCAGCUGCUAUCCAGCUCCGUUACCUUCAUACUCUGCAGAACUUGUCUUCUGAAAAACCUCCAACCCUUUUUCUGUCUUUACCCUUUGACCCCCUGAGCCUUUCAGUUGCAGUAAAUCAAACAUCCCCUGGCUACAACUCUUCAGGUUGUGAAAAUAAUCCAGAAACUUCCAAGGGCAAGGACUCCCCCAUGUUAUAGAAAUUGUAGAAUUCAAAAGAUCAUGAUUUCAAGCUGUAGUUGAUACAAUUCACCACAUAAUUGGCAACUAAAUCUUUUGCUUAAAAUUCAAAUAGUAAUAGAAAUCAAAUAAAAAGUUAACAAACUCAGAUCUCAGGAUACAAAUGACAAGAGUGUUGUAAAUCCUGACAUAUGAAUUUACCUCCGAGUCUCAUGUAUUUGACUAAAAUAUAUGCAUCAUUAAAAAAAAAUAGUUGUAUGUUUGUAAAAUCUAUUACAUUUAUUUAUUUUUAAAUUGUAUCAUUAUUACUAAGAACCAUUCUUAGCAAUCACAGACUUUUUCCAGGAUGAUCUAUUCUCAGCCUGGCCUACCAAGAUUCACAAUGGACAGUAUAUCCAUUCCUGUUGAAACUGAGCUCAUCCAUUCAUCUUAUUGUUGGUUCUUCUCUUCUCUUUUCUCACCUUUCCCAUAUUUAUAGAAUUCUUAAGGGCCAUAGGUCUUCACAUGUCAAAAUAAUGAUAAUGUAAAGCUGGUCAUUUGUCCCUCAAGCAAGAACCCUGAACUGACUGGUUCUUUAAUUCAUUUGGUCCUUCCUCCGUCUUCAAAACAAACUUAUUGGACACUCUUAGGAUAAAGAAAAGUGAGCUGCCAUAUCUCGACAUGGAACUGCACCCAGAACUUCUUCCUUCAAGAUGAUGCUAUAGACCACCAGGGGUAAAAUUCACUUACCUUUCCCUACCGGCUCGCAAAUGUGAGCACAUGCAUGCGCAAAAGGUAAAAAACAGGACAUGAUGAUAUUGGGCGGAUGGGCGGAGCCUCCCACCGCCAGUGCUUCCGGAUUGUGCAUCCGGAUAGAUCCGGCUGAAUUUCACCACUGCACUGCACACCAAAACAAACACAAGGACAGUUUUUUCCCCCAUGCCAUCACCCUGCUAAACAACUAAUUCCCACAACACUGUCAAAGUACCUAGUAUGGCUGUAUUAAUGUUAUCCUUCUCAUCUUUCCUAUUACCUAUUUCCUUAUUUUCUUAUGACUAUAACUUUGUUGCUUGUAUCUUACAAUUUAAAUUAAUUGUUUUAUUUAGUUUCCUAAUAUGAUUUCUGUUGAUUGCUUAUUUAGUAUCCUGGAACUAUCGCUAAAUGUUAUAUGGUGAAUGCAUUUUAUGAUGAUUAUCAUAAUGAUUUAUCACUUGUUGCUUGAAUGUACACUAAGAACUUAUGCACCGGAGACAAAUUCCUUGUGUGUCCAAUCAUACUUGGCCAAUAAAGAAUUCUAAUCUAUUCUAAAAACAACAA